AUGGGCUGGCAGGGCAUGGGCUUCGUCCUCAGCUUCAACGGUGCGCUCUUCCUCAUGGCGCUCGCAGUGUUCCAAGCGCGGGCGCGCAGCUCGCGCUUCAGUCUCUUUCGCUUUGGCUCGCGCGCGCUGCUGUCGCUGGCGGGGCAGGCGCCGGCCGCGUUUACGCUGCAGAAGUGGCGCGAGUUGCUGUGGCACACACCGAUUCGAGACACGGACGUCGAGCGCCGACUCGGCCCCGAAGGCACGUUCUACCUGCUGUACCAGCAGUACACGGCCCGUCUUCUUGGCGUCCUGAGCGUCUUUGCAGUGCUCGUGUUGCUGCCGUUGUACCUCGCGAUUGGCGCGAACGCAAUGCAUGACGUAGAGGCAGCGGCAAAAGCCGCAGCGAAGAGCAUUGGAGCCAUUGCAGACGGCUCAGGCGCGACGACAACGGACUUUGGUGCAGUGAAUCAAGCGACGGGCGACGCAAAAGCUGCUGCAAGUGACAGUGAUACCAAGUGGUGGUCGUUCGCGCAUGCGACGAUCCGAGUGAUGCCGCACGAGUCGCCGUACCUGUGGGUGCCGGUGGUCACGUGUUACGUGACGACGCUGGUGUUUGUGGUGUACUAUCGGAAACUGAGUGCGUUGGCCACGAUGCCGACGGGCGAUUCAUCGGGUCGAGCGAGUGGAAGGGACGGGCGAUUGAUGCACCGGUCGUCGUCCAUUGUCUCGAACGCCGCUAGUGUGGCUGCAGCGGACCAGCCAGCGGGGGAAGAAGUCAAGUCAGCGAUCAUAAAAGAAAACGCUGCAGCACCAGAAGACGUUGACUUGUCGACUGGAAAGGAAGAGACGGACGACGCGAAGAACGGCUGUUUGCCUGCUGAGGAAAAGGACAAGCAGAGGGAGGAGAAUGGAAACGUGGUGGAAGAAGCGCAGUCGGAGCCGUCGAAACGAACACAUCUCAUUGGCAUGCAGCCCUCGACAUUAAGCAACAGAUCGCUCUUUAUCGACCGAGGAGUGCCCAAGAACCUUCGCGAGCAGCGAAUGCUGCGUCUGCUGGACGAAGUCUUUCCUGGCUACGUGGAAGACGUGAGUGUCGUGUUUAAUCUGGCCGAGUUCCACAAGCUGCAAGCUCGUCGACGCAGUGAAGAAGUGCAGCUGGCGCGCAUGAAGAUUCUGCACAAACGUGAGCUCGAUGGCGAGAAGCUGUCGUGGUCGCUCCGUCUAUUGCCGGGUGGUAUGAUGAUCCCGUCGCUCCGUUUGAUGCUGGCCAACUUGUUUUGCUGUCUCAAGUGGUGCAUGAAACCUGUCCCGAUGGACGAGCAGGAGUCACGACUUGCGCGUCACAUCGAGAAGCUCCGAGAGGACGAGAUGACGUGCUUGUCUCGCAUAUUGCACGAGAACAAGGGUGCGGGACGUGCGUUUGUGAUCUUCAAGUCCGCAAGACUCCGUGCGCGUUUUGUCCGCCGAGCGCGUAAUCAGAGUAUCACAUCGAUCCUCGCUCGCUUUCCAGAACACGCGCAGCCGCGGCUUGUGCGGUAUGUUCGCGAGCUGGGUCUUACGCGCUGGCAGCUGGGGGCAGCUCCUGAACCUGAUGACAUUGACUGGCAGAGUGUGUCAUUCCCUUUUGCGAAGCGCACAGUGGUGGUAUUGCUGGUGAACGUGUGCAUUCUGGUGGUGCUUCUACUGUUCACGUCUCCCAUUGCUGUGACAUCGGCCAUCUCGAGCAGCUCAUCGUACUCGACGAACGCGGCUCAAUCCUUGUCCGACUUCGUGGCGCAGCUUGGUGAGCUGCUCAAGAGGGUGUCGCCAUCCAUGGCCAAGCUGCUAGCAAGCUACAUCCCCACGCUUAUCCUGGUGAUGAUCAACGCAGUAUUGCUGAACGUGCUGCAGAUUGCUGGGCGUAUCCAGCCUAUCUCGACGGACUCGGCCAAGGAACGGUUGAUCUUGCGCACGGCGUCUGUGUACCUGAUUUUCAACACCAUCUUCGUACCGAGUUUGGCCUUCAUGUCGAUCGAUGCCGUCAUCUUGUACUUGCAAAACGACGGCGAGGUGCUGGGUAUGCUCGGAACGCUUUUCUUGCACAAUUCGGGCAUCUUCUACGUGGACUAUAUCCUCCAGCGCUGUUUCUUGGGUACCGCACUUGUGCUGCUGCGCGCUACAGAGUAUGUGAAAUUCUCGUGGGCAAGGCCGCGUGCAUUGACACCGCGAGAGCAGGUUCAGGCCGUGGAAGCAGACCAAUUUUACACGGGCACGCAGUCGGCCGUGCAGAUCAGUACGCUGACUGUCGUGCUCAUGUUCAGCACGGUUGUGCCACUGAUUCUUCCUCUUGGCACGCUGUACUUUGCGAUGCAGCAUGGCGUGGACAAGUACUCGCUGCUGAAUGUGCGGCGUCGCAUCAAGGGACGCGGCAGCAUUGCUCGCACGGCGACUCAUGCUACGUGUGUGAGCCUGCUCUUGUACCUCGGUGCCAUGAGUGGUUUCAUCCUCGAACGAGGCACGACAUCACAAAGUGCUGCUGUGCUCGUGCUACUCAUGGGCACGUACAUUGUCGCGCUGUGGGGAUACGUGCGCGACAAGGAGCGGCAACGCCACAUGAUUGUACGCAAUGACUACACGUGCCCCGAGCGCAGCAGUAGUGUCCAGACUGCCUGUACGACGACCAAGUUGGGUGAGAUUCCGCUGCACAUGCUGCGCUCGAGCUCUCGUCAGCCGGUCGAUGAAAGCGGUGCAAAAGAACAGUGUGAGUCUGCAGAACCUCCUGCCGGCGACGAAGAGGCUCGAGCUAAAGUGCAACGGCCAUUGGAACCGCUGAAUGAGCUGUCGCCGCUUUUGGUCUUCCCGGCCAUGAGCGACUCGGACCUGUUGGCCGAACCUGACGCCAACUCGAGUGACAUGUACCGCGAACCGGCUCUGCGGAAGUCCAUGCGCAUGAGCUUUGGCCCGCAGGAUCUCGGAGAUUAUGGCACGUGGCGCCAGGUGUGA